ACGCACAGCGCGGGCGUGAAUGGCGCGAGUGCGCCUUCCCUCGACAAGGGGACAAAGGAGAGCGGCAAGGGCGCCGCCGCAUCGAAUGGGGCAAAGGCAGCGCUUGUUCGGCUCGACCUUUGCAGCUUUGGGACACAGCACUGGCGGUGAAGCAGGCCACCCUGACGAGAUGGGAGCGGUUGCGAGAGCCCGAGAGCCGCCAACUCGAGCCGAGUUGGCUUGACCUCGUCCUCGCAUCCCCGGCUCGACCAUGGCGCAGGCAAACCGCCACGAGAUCGCUCCCGUCUUCGGCGACAAGGUCCAGAUCCUCCCUGGCGCGACCGACGGCUUCACGCAGGCCACGUUCUGCAUCAUCGAGGAGGACCACACCCUCGGCAACCUCCUGCGGUGGAUGCUCAUGAAGAACCCGGCGGUCGAGUUCUGCGGCUACAGCGCACCACACCCGUCCGAGGCCAAGAUCCACCUGCGCGUGCAGAUGUACGACGGCAAGUCGGCCGUCGACGCGCUGCACGAGGCGCUCAACAACUGCGAGGACAUGGCGACCGUCAUCCUCGAGCAGUACAACGAGUCGCUCGAGAAGGGCGACUUCGAGCGGGUCGACGACGACAAGCACGACUUCGACAGCGUCAACGCACGGCUGUGGGCGCAGAAGGAGGCGCAGGGCAAGGGCACGUACGACGAGUUCCUCGAGGACAAACGGCGCAAGGACGAGGCCGAGGCGGCAGAGGCGGCCAAGAAGCGCGGCAAGGCCAUCAAGCGGUGACGGAGCUGGUGCCCUUGUCGAUGUACUUGUUCCCCUUAGAGCCCGCUGUACCACCUUGUACUCGUUCCCCUCGUCGUCUCGCCGACGCUGCAUUUCACUACCUCGUUCGCUCGCGCCUUCUUUCUCC